UUUAAUGUUGUUGUGGUGUAAAACAUAAAACACAAAGCUUCAAUGGUGGACGAAGAACUUCUGGUUUGAUUGUGAUUUGAUAAAGGAUUUACCUGUUAACAGAAAUGAGAGAGUUCAAACCACUCUUAGGCUUAGACGACUUAAAUAAGCAUUCGAGGCUUCUUCUAAGUAUUAGAGUAACCGAUGCUCAAGGCAGAGAACGAUCUAUAUCUGCCUGUCAAGCCGAUACAAUAAAGUCAGUGAAGGAAAAGGUUUUGGACGAAAAACAUGCCAAAGAAUAUGGAAGUUACCGCGUUGUAUUAACAAGAACGAAGAAAGCACUUGAAGAUGUAAAGACCCUCGAACAAGAGGGCGUUGAAGACAAUGAUGAACUUGUUAUUUGGAAAAGAAGAAGGGAUUUUCCUAAUGCCUCAUUAGCAAAGAAGGCAGCUGCAUGUAAGUCAGUUGACUGGCAGUCUAUCAAACAAAAUACUGAGCAACUUGAUGAAGAACAUGGCCAAUCUGCAACAUUAGCUACAGGAACACCGGUCUUAUUUGAUUUUAUUGGAGAGUUAAAAAGAAUACUUACUUCCCUUGUUGAAGUUGCCAGCCUUUUGCAAACUGUAAGCUCAGAAGAUCGAGAUGAUAGUGAUAUGGAAACUGAUGAACCAGAGAUAGAAAUCGAUAAGUUUGCACUCAAGCAGCUGAUGGAUAUGGGAUUUCCUGAAAAUAGAGCGAAAAAAGCACUCAUAAUCAACAGAAUGUCCCAGGUUCAAGCAAUGGAAUGGCUUCUUCUCCAUGAAGCAGAUCAUGAUAUUGACCAGCCGCUUUCGCAAGAAGAGCUACUUUCGUACUUGCCAGAAAGACGGAAACUAUUACCAAGGAAGCCUGGGGCUAGGGAAUUCACCCCAAACUCAAGGGCUGUACGAAAUCUUCUUGAUAUGGGGUUUGAAGAGCAAGAUAUCAUACAAGCUUUAAAAGCAACAGGAAAUCAUCAAGAAUCGGCUUUGGAAUGGCUCCUUGGUGAAAGGGAUCAAAAUUCAAGCAAAACAGAGCCAGGACUAGAUGCUUCGAGCCCAAUGUAUGCAUCCAUCAUGGAGCACCCUGUUGUACAACUAGGAAUGACAAAUCCAAGAAUCCUGCAUGCCUUCGAAGACAUGCUUGAGAAUCCAAACACAAGUGCCCAGUACAUCAACGACCCGGAAAUAGGCCCAGUAUUGCUUCAAAUUUCUCGCAUAGUGCAGUCAUUUUCGAGAUAGCGUUUAUUGAAAUUAGGGACAUCUCGAUUUGUAUUCGUAACUAGAUCGGCGUAUGCAUUUGGGCACUGGGUUCGAAUUCCCGUAACGCUAAUGCGCAGAUUGUAUGUAGAUAUCAAAAUAUGAAUCUUUUACGACUCCUGUACUGUCAUUUCUCUUCUUUAUACACUGUUACAAUUUUCUGUUUUUUUCUCGUUGCUUUGCGUGUUUUAUUUCUGACUUUUGUUUGUUCAUUGUAUGACUAAUCGCAUCCAUCACUUAUUCCUUUUGCGAUGAAAAAAUUCCUUAGUUUUUCUAAUUAUUUCAUUUAUUUCUAGCGAAGUAGCCAUUAUUCCAACAAAAAUAAUUGCCCAUGUGUUAUUCACAAACCUCCGAACCCCCCCCUCCCUGAAUUGUACUAUUCUUUCAAAAAGAAUAGAAAUGAACUUAUUUUUCACUAAGACCAAGACUCUAAAGGUUUCUUGUUCAGAGAGGUUUUUCAAAAAAGAAGUUUAUUAGAAAAUGUAGUAAAAUACCGUUCCCUGAUUGUUCUUAGUUUUCUUCUGCAUGAUAAAAGAAUCCGCAAUGUUAACAACCCCCCUCCCCCAAACUUCCCGUUAACCUGCAUUUUAUUCUUACGUCACUUUUUUCUCGACCUUGGAGAUUUAUUGCCUUUGUUACACCUUGGAAUUCUUAUUAUGUCUAAUAGAUCACAUGUCAGGGUAUAUUGAACACGUGAACAAAGAAAUGAUAAAGUCACUAGCUGCGAUUCGUUCUUCUUAUGCUCAGUCACCCUAAAGACUACUGUUGGACACGGUAAUGCUAGCCUGCGUUCUAGACCUAUAACUUGAAAGUUGAAUUCUUCUCAUAAUUAUUACCGAUCUGUGUAAUUGUGCAAGAAGAACCGGUAUUAUUGCAGGACGGUCGUUGCAGUACGACUUCUACUUUUAAGCUAGGGGUCGGAGCACAGCUAGAUAAUGUUGUUUUAAUUUUUGAAUUCGUGUUGUAAAAAUCUCUCAGAAAGAACCUGACAGUGGAUUGCUGUGAAGACUGAUAGAUGUUUCACGUAAAAUGUUGUUUCUUUCUAUAGAAGUCUAUACUAUUUGCUUAACUGGCAUUGCAAAUCAGGGCCGUCACUCUACUCUCACUUAGGGGGGUGCCAGUCAUCAAUUCGCCGGCAAAAUAGGGCAUGGCCUAAAUUGUAUCAAUUUUUGGGUUUGGCCUUUUGACGCAGUUGAUUUUAUUUAUCAACGAGCAUGUUCUCGUCAGACAAUCAUCGCUUCAAUUUUCGCAUUGUAAUUUUCUUUGCCUAGGUAACUGAGAAUACCUUUUUCAAUUGUGCUACUCUAGAAGUCAAGUUUUCUGCAAUGAGAUACCCUCAUUUAUUCAAAUUGUUCAGCACGUGUAAAUAGAACCUUAGUUUGGCAAAUAUUCGAAAAUUUGGCCACAAGAAUUUUCUAGGGGGUUCCAUACACUCCCCCCCGCUAGCGACGGCCCUGGUGCAAACAAGAAAUUCUUCUGUAACCAACGGAGAAAGCGAAUCCAAGUAGAGCGAAUCCAAAAAUAUCUUCGGCAAAAUUGAUCAGAGCACAGCUCACGGAAACAGCUCACGUGAAACUGCGUAAAGAAAUAAUCCGGACCAUUUUUUUUCUAUUCUGUGUACUUACAAUAACAAAUUACCUAAAACAGUACGUACUAACUACAAAAUUAUAUUACAAGAACGGAACCCAGGAGAAGCAAUAUAUCACGACUGCUCCUGGGAUAUGAAAUGUAUCUAAAUAUAGCUAAUAAAAAAAUUUUAACACUACAUAAGCAUAGGCUCCAAAUCUUUGAUUGGCUGUGGGACCAAAGUUCUGCAUACCACAUUGACCAAUCAGAAUUCAAGAAUUCAAUUCAUCAGAGAUUGAAUUUUUAUAAAAAAUUAGGUUAUCUUCAAGCACAUUUUUUGUGGGUAGUGGUAAAAACGUUCAAAAUAGGCCUGAAUCUUGUUGCGACGCACGUUUGUUGUCAUAUUCUUGAAUUCUGAUUGGCCAAUUGGGUAUGGAGAAUUUUGGUCGCUUAGCCAAUCAAAGAUUUGAAACCUAUGCUCCCUACAUAAUAAUGCUUAAGCUCGUUUCACAUGGACGCCAUUGACAAAUACGUUAUUAUGUUCCAGGUUUAUACCCAAUAUAUAAUUGAUUGAGAAGAUUGGUGUCAAUAUGGACAGUCAUUUACACUAUAAUAAACCUAGCGUCAAAUGCGAAAUGGGCGAAAAAAGAAGUAGGCAUACGAAACUAUAUGAAAAGAGACGAUCGAUCGAUUCGUAGCUUUUGGUGGAGGCGAAGCUAUAACUUCGCCCGCCAUCAUGAACCAAUGUGUGCUGCUCUGGGAUUUCGCUGAUUUUCAGAAAGUCAGAAACUGUUCAAAUGAUAUCUUAGCGCAAUUUGAUUUGUCAACCAGUAAACCGUUGGUUUUCAAGGGGCUGUUAGUCAUUUUUACCUGUGUAAAGCGCAGUUUAGUUUAAGUAUGGAAAAUGUUAUCGUACCAGGUUAUCUGUUCAUUAGCAAUACUGUGAGUGAAAUUAAAUAAAAUAUAUGCAGUUUUAGCAUAUGCCUUUGUGAAUGCAUGUGUACUUUUUCAUUACGACGUCUUGGUCAAUCCAACGUGAUUGAAAUUACAAGGCGUUUGUUGAAGCUACUAGAAAGAAAAUGUUUAUCCAAUGCCAACAU